AUGGGAUGCUCAGGGCUGUUCAUUUUGGGUCUUGUCCUAAAUGUUGCUCACUGCUUGGAAAAUCCGGGUCUGGAUGAAGAGCAACAUAUUGACAUCAUUAAGAACAUCACAGGGUUCUUGGGAGAGGCUGUGUACCUGAGGUGCAGAUAUCAGGGCAAGGAUGAAAUCAUAGGAGCCCAGUGGAAACGCCAGAUUAACUCAAAUGUUAAAAAACUGGCAGGAUUUGCAUCUAAUGGUGUGCCAUAUAGCUUCAAUGACUUCGAAAAACCAGACUCUAUCACCAACCUCACAGCUAAGAUGAUUGUGUCCACUGUGGAAGCAGAGGGAGAAUACAUCUGUGAAUUUGAAACAGUUGGAGUGUAUUAUUCAGACAUCGUAUUCCUCACUGUUCUAGCUCGACCUGAUAUCCAGAUCCUGGUGAAUGCAGAGACUAUAAACGGCCUUCACUAUCAGUCGGUGUCAUGCUCUGCUGUUAGUGGCAGGCCUAUGCCUCAGAUCAGCUGGUUGGUCGACAGCCUUCCUCCCUCAGAUUACCCUUUUACUGUGAACGUCAGCAAAACUGUUCACUCAAAUGGCACCUCCACCCUGAGCAGCAUCCUCCGCUUCCCCACUCACCUGCUAGACGAGGACAGCGUGACCUGUGUGGUCCAACACCCAACCCUCCCAACCCCCAAACUCACCACAGUGAGGGUGGAGACAUACACAAGGCCAAACGUGACCAUUAAAGCAGAGAUGGUACAACGAGGAGGAAGUGAGUUCUGGGUGGUCUCUUGCAUUUCAUCUGGAGGGAGGCCUGACACUGACAUCUACUUGGCUUUGAACGCCAAUGAAGAGCUGCAGAGAGAGAACAAAACAGACUCAGACAUCCAGACAAGCUCUGUCCUCCUCCCUGCAACCGUGUAUGAGGGGCGCAAUGUCACCUGUGUGUUUGACCACCCCAAAUUUACACACAAAGUGUCACGAGUCAUAACACUGCCAUCUUUCUAUUUGUCAGGAGUUCAGAUGUUGUAUUCAGAGCUGGGAAGCAAGAGUGAUGACUUCAAAGACUUCCAAGAAUUUUUAGAGCUGCAGGAAGGACAGAGUGACACUGUCAUCAGCCUGCAGGUCACUGGGAAUCUGCCACGUUACAAUGUUACCUGCAAAAAAGAUGAUUGGCACUUGCCUGAGGGAGUGGAGCUGGUUGGCAGCAACCUCACAGUUCUGGGUCCUGUGGGGCAUCAGCAUGCUGGUCUUUACGAAUGUUUCCUCUCCUAUCACCAUCAUCAAGCAACGCUUAAGUUUAAUAUCACAGUUAAACCUCAAGUUGCGCAGCUUGUUCCCCCCACUAUACGAGUUGCUUUGAGGACUGAAGAUGGACACAGGGUGAUUGAGUGUUCAGCAGCUGAUUCUGUUCCUGCAGCCAACAUGUCCUGGCUUCUACCGAAGGGUGUGUCUGGAGUCUCUUGGUUCAAUUUCACUUCUCAUAAUGGAAGCCAUUCUGUCAGGGGAGUUUUACUCCUCCCUGCCUGCUUGCCUUGGGAGCUCACUGCAGAGUGUGUGAUAAAUCACCCUGCGUUUGAGAAGCCACAGAACAGAAGCAUAAUACUCCCUCUUUGCGCUCGACCUAACAUCACCAUCAGCUCCUGCACUGAGUGGAAAGACGGUUAUGAGUACACAAAGGUGGACUGCUCUGUGGACAGUGUUGCCCCUGAACCAAACAUAACCUGGCAUGUUGGAAAGAGUGACAUCACUUCUAUGUCAGAGACUAAAGUCCUGGUCAAUGAUUUUGUAUCGACACGUAGCUCUGUGCAUUUGAGGUCGUCUUUGUAUUCUGGUCAGGAUUUGACCUGCAUGGUGGAGCAUCCAAGCCUGGAGGCACCAGAAAAAAGAACAAUACACAAUCUUGUGCACAAAACCCAUCUGAGUGUGUCUCUGGUGAGACAGCAGAACUCUCCUAUCUUGCUGGCAGUGUGUGAGUGCAGAGGGGAGAGCGUCGGGGCGAACCUUGCCUGGGUCCUUCCUGAAAACACCAAAGGCAAAACAUCCCUCCAGUCACAGUAUGAGGGCCAUGUCCUGAAAGCCAGGCUAACUUAUCAGUUUCCUCUGGCUCUUCAUGAGGGGCAGGACCUGACCUGUGUUUAUCAUUUUGAACAUGGAGCCACAGAGAAGAGGACCAUUCAUAUCCCCAGAUACUAUAUCUCUUCUGUGAGAGUCCUAAACCACACAACUCCUCUGCAAAGCCGCUACGGUGGUAAACCCAUCAUACACCGACUGACUCUCCAGGAAAAUCAUCACAAUCAGAGAGUUCUGCUCCGAGUUGAAAGCAACGUGCCAGAGUACAACCUCACUUGUAAAAGGAGUGACGGCUCAUAUGUUCUUAUGGAUGGAGUUGCGAUGGUCUUCCAGUCAGAGCUCACAAUGCUGGAUGAAGGCCUCUACACCUGCCAGGCGUCCUUCUAUCACCACACAGCCACAGUCAACAUUGAAGUGGAGAUCAUGAACAAAGAAGAACAGCUUACACUGGUGACCAUGAUCUGCAUCGGUUCAGCUUUGGCCAUCAUCUGCAUCACAGUGGUCAUGUUCUGGUUGUGCUGCAACAUAAAUAGCAAGACGCAAUAUAAGAAGCAGGAGUCUCUCUCACCCUUGACGGCUCUGAUGCAAGAGCCCGGCUCUCCUGAGGUGAAGAAGCCAUCAGUGGACGGGAAACACAGUGAGGAAUCUGUUAAGAUGGUCAGUUACUCCAUAGUCAUUGACGUCAAGAGUACAGUGUGAAGACAUAAGAUGCUUUGGAUUAGACAUUUAGCUUUACACUGUGCACGAAGGCUUACUGGAACUGCAGCAUUGUUUAUGAUACCAGUGUAUUAUGAGCUCAGUGUGAUAUGUGAAAGGAUCCUCUGUUUAUGUACUGAAAUACCAGUUCUUUUUUAAGUUUUUAGUUUUGAUUGAUUGGCAUUAAUGAUUUUAAAUGUAGCCUAUUACUUUUGCACUUUUUAAAAACCUGACUUGAAUUUUGUACUGUUUUAUGCACAUUGUAUUUUCCAGUAUUUGUCAAUAAAAUCAUCCAAAUAUAA